UUGAAGCCCGAAGUCAGGCUGCACCGAGCAGACGUCCAGCAACUAAAGGUGAAUGAGGCAGCAGUUCCUUCUGGGUAUCAGGAUUGGAGCCCCAGUGUGGACCAGGAGGACUCAGAGCCCCCACAAAUUAAAGAGGAACAGAAUGAACUGUGGAUCAGUCAGGAGGGAGAGCAGCUUCAAGGACUGGAGCAGACUGAUAUUAUCAAGUUCACAUAUACUCCUGACACUGUUAAACCUGAAGGAGAUGAAGAGGAACCCCAGUCCUCACAGCUUUAUCAGAGUCAGACUGAAGAGAACAGAAAGGACUGUGGACGACCAGAACCAGCCAGGAACUCUGGUCCUGAUGUACAUUUACAACCAGGUCCUGAGGACAAGACCAAGAACUCUGAUGUUGAUGGGAUAGAGACCAGGGAACCUAAGCCUAUGCACCCAUCUAUAAUCAGGGGUGGACGACAGUUGGUGAGCACAUCCCUCCACGGUUUUGAACAGUUUGGUUGUCCUCUGUGCCCGAAAUUCAUCACCUCACGAGGCGACACAAUACGGAGACACCUGAAUGCCCACGUACAUAAUGCAGUGCAUCUCCAAGACACCAUCAUUUGCAGAUGCAACAUGUCGUGCAGAGGGACUGGUCAUUACCACUGUCCAAACUGCGCUAAAACAAUCAUGCGCAGAGAAGAUAUGGUGUUACAUGUGAGCGGAUGCAAGAGAUCGGGUGAUGUAACACCAACGCCAGGUGAAACAACCUCAUUGGUCUCACGCCCAUCACGGACACCUACAGCUGAUAUCAGCCCACCUGCUCUAUCCUCAUCGUUGGUGUUCAUUCCAAGUAUUUGCUUUGCAAGAGAUGUCGGCACAUGCACAUUCAGGAUACACAAAACCUGACUCAGAGAGUUGAACAGCUGAUUUUGUCGUGGAUGUCAUGCCACCAGAGGUAAGAUUCUUGGUGGCAUUGCAGAAACUUCAUGAUUUAACUGAAUAAACAUAUUUUGAUGUUA